GGCUUAGGUUCUCCUGAAGUUGGUGGACAACACUAGUGAAGGCAAAAAUACUAAAAAGCUCAAACGUGAUGGGGAGGCAACCUUGUUGUGACAAGCUUGGAGUGAAGAAAGGGCCAUGGACAGUUGAGGAAGACAAGAAAUUGGUCAAUUUCAUCCUCACACAUGGCCAAUGUUGCUGGCGUGCCGUGCCUAAGCUCGCCGGCCUCCGGCGUUGUGGCAAGAGUUGCCGUCUCCGGUGGACUAACUACCUCAGGCCAGACCUGAAGAGAGGCCUACUUAAUGAAGCUGAGGAACAACUUGUUAUCGAUCUCCAUGCUCGUCUUGGCAAUAGGUGGUCCAAAAUUGCAGCAAGAUUGCCAGGAAGAACCGAUAACGAGAUCAAGAAUCAUUGGAAUACCCAUAUCAAGAAAAAGCUUAUUAAGAUGGGUAUUGAUCCAAUUACACAUGAACCUCUUAAUAAAGAGGCCACCCCACCAAAUACCCUUUGUCAAAGUCUUGAUCAAAGAGACAUUGAAGACAACCAUCAGGAAUCAACAAAAAUAUGUGGCCAAGCCUCCUCCAUUGAUAAUUCUAGUGCCCCAACUGAAAAUUCCUCAACUGGUGAAUCUCAGUCAUUGGACCCAGGUGACAAUGACCUAUUAAUGAGUUACAUAUGGUCUGAUCUGGACGAUUCACUAUGGAAUUUCCCAGCAACUGGGGAAGACUACAGUAAUUUUGGAUCAUCAUCACCAGAAAAUUACUCUGAAUUUUCUUUGAACUACAAGGACUUUUUUGGAGAGGACUUUGGCUUUGGUUGUUUUAGUGACAUGGACAUGAAUUCUCAAGACAUGGGUGGCAAGCACUAACUAGUACUUCAAAAAUCACUAGCGGGGUUCAUGAGUGGACACUUUUUGGUCCUGCUUCCAUUUCCAAUCUUGGCUUAAUUUAUUUUGAAAACUUUUAAUUACAGUAACUUACGCAAUUAGAAAGCCUACGAGUAUAUUUACCUUCAAAAGAGAAAGACUACAAGAUAAAUUAUUAGUUGGUCAGUCCCAUCAAAGAUAUGUUUAUAUAGUUGCUACUAGGUGUGGGUUGGUAAGGUGUCAUUUUGCUGAAUAUAUUGGGAAGCUUACAAUUCAACCUUUUUUUCUGUGGAGAAGGAUAUAUUGAGGCCCAUGAUAUGUGCCUCACUUGGCUUGUGAUGGCAAAUCUAUUUGGGAUUUCUAAUUGCAUAGGGUAAAAUAUAGAUAUGCCCACUAAUAGCAAUUUUAUUUAUCUUUUCAGAUUUUAGAUAAUGUUUAUGCUACCUAAAGCAAAAGCUCACCCCACUCAAAAGAGUUGUGUGGUUGAAGCACAGGACCCCUAUGUAAAUGAAAGUACUUUGUAAGCAUGUGCAUUCCAAUAAGAUGUAACUAAAUUAAAUAAAAAUUGGGAGGGGAAUCAUUGAUUGAUCCCAAGAA